AUGGUGAUCGGGCUUGGCGCUGACGUUCGCUCGUGGUCCAUGCCGCUGGCGAAGUACACGCGUCGCGCGGCCGAGCUGGCUGCAGUAUGCGCUCCCUCAUUGACAUUGCUGGCCACGUGCCGCACGUGCGCCUUCGUGGUCCUCGGCUGCGUCAGCCAGUGUCCCAUCCACGACGGCAACAGAUUCAGAGCGCUCGACCACUGGGCCAUCCGCGAGUCCUUGCACCUGCCCGCCAACAGCGGAUCCCGCGCCACCCUCCUGGGCUUGAGAAGGGGGUCCCUCAUGCAGAUCCCGUCCAAGCUGGUCUCUGCCCUGGCUGCCUGCAUACGCAUGGCCUGCGACACCGUGAGCCAGUGUAAGGAAUGGCCCAGCCACUUGCGCGAGGUGUCCACGUUGCACGGCGGACUCGACUCACAGCCUCUGGGCGAUGGCAGGCGCGUCCCCGCCGUUCUGAAG